GAAUUCUAACCUGCUUAAUUGCUUAAGAAGUCAAUUUUUGAUAAUGGGUAUAUGGCUUAUGAUGUUACCAAUACAUUCAAUAAAGUUAUUUAAAAUCAUAAUGGAGAUAGAUAUCUUUAAUUCGAAUUCCUUCGAUAAAUUGCCUUCCUCAAAGCUAGAAUCUUAGAGGGUUUACCUACAUUCUUAUAGAUGUCAGGAUCAUUGA